AUGGAGGCAUCUAAGAGUCUGGCUACACCGCGCUCCAUCUGUAGUGAGAGUUGCCUCCAUGGAUACUGGAAAGUCCUACUGGAAGGAAAACAGAAAUGCUGCUACUACUGUGCCCCCUGUGCAGAAGGCGAAAUCUCCAACCAGACUGAUAUGGGAACAUGCUUAGUGUGUCCUAACGAUCACUGGUCAAAUGGAAGAAGAGAUUCCUGCGUUCCAAGACCGAUUGAAUUCCUGUCUUAUGGAGACACACUGGGGUCAUCUCUAAUUAUUAUAAAUCUUACAUUUUGCCUUGUGACUAUAGUUGUGUUGGGGAUAUUUAUAAAAAAUAAAGAUUCUCCGAUUGUGAAAGCCAAUAACCAGAAUCUCAGUUUCAUACUUCUCCUCUCACUCAUCUUCUCAUUUUUAUGCCCUCUCUUAUUCAUUGGACGCCCCUCAGAUAUAUCAUGUCUCCUCCGACAAGUGGCUUUUGGAAUCAUUUUUAGCCUUGCAGUUUCUUCAGUCUUAGCUAAAACAGUGACUGUAGUCUUGGCUUUUCAAGCCAUUAAACCAGGCAGGACACUGAGGCAGUGGAUGAAGAGACACCUCUCCACAUCCUUACUUGUUAUAGGUUCAUCUGGAGAAGUUUUGAUCUGUGUCAUCUGGUUGUUUUAUUCUCCACCAUUCCCAGAUUAUAACACUGGAAUAGAGGUUGGAAAGAUAAUCUUACAAUGUAUUGAGGGAUCUGCCAUUGCUUUCUACUUGUCUAUCGGCUACAUUGGAUUUCUGGCAAUGAUGAGCUUUAUUGUAGCUUUCUUGGCCAGAAGACUUCCAGACACCUUUAAUGAGGCUCAGUACAUCACCUUCAGCAUGCUGGUGUUCUGCAGUGUGUGGAUCUCCUUCAUCCCACCAUACCUCAGCACCAAGGGGAAGUACAUGGUGGCUGUGGAAGUUUUUGCCAUCUCAUGUUCCAGUGCUGGACUUCUGGGCUGUAUCUUCAUUCCCAAAUGUUACAUUAUCCUACUGAGACCAGAACUCAACACAAAGUCCAAUAUAAGGGUCAUAAGAAGACAUUGUACAGGAGAAUUUUGA